UUGGUUGUGUAAACCGGCAAAGAUCCAACCUCGAGAAGAGAGGCUCAAGGACGAGCAGCGUCGCUCGCCUCGCGCCUCUUUCUCUCUUGUGCAUCCUGCGUGUUUGCCAUGCCCACCUUCUUUCAGUUCACCCAAGGCACUGAAUCGCGCGUGCGGCCUACAGACUCAUCGCCGUUGCUUGGUCGCUACCGAGCGGUGCCUCCCCGCCCUGGCAUCGGACAACGUCGACCGAGCAGUCCGUUGGGCUUGCUGUCCAGCCACUAUGAAAACGGCCGUGACAGUAUACAUGUUGGAUAUGGAGCGCUGAUUGUGGCCGAGAUCGAAGCGGCGCGCCUGGGCUCUCUAGGCAACUCUGGCAUCCGAGAUGACGAGGCUCUGGCUGGCAUGUCGAGAUGGGAGCGGCUGUGGCAGGGAUACUUCAUCGACCUCUUUGUUGAUCCAAGACCGUCGGCGGUGAAGCGCGUGGUGGACAGGUGGUGGAGUCGGUAUGGACUGCUGGUUUUUCUGCCCGCGGCACUGGCCGUUGCCUGGUGCGCAGUUCCCUUCCCGCAGUACUCGUUCCCGGACGAUGGCGACGAUGGCGACGGCGAGAGCAGCGUUUGGCUGCGACUUACACGAACUGUGGCGACAUUUGACAGCAAGACACCGGGUCACGGUGCGGCCCGCGUGCAGGUCAACUUUUGGUUCUUCCUGUUUGUUUACUAUGGCUUCUACAACCUCAGCGCGUUGAUCUGGAUAACCAAAGUUUUUAACCUUUACAGAUUGAACUGGUGGCCGCGGUCUUUUGGAUUUCCAGUCACAGUCUUUCUCUUAGCUAUCCUGUCUCUCGCAGUACCCAUCCCCUUGUACUUCAUCCCUUGUACUCGCUUUCUCACUGCCCACAAUACAGCAUGGGUCUCGUGGACAUUCAUCAUCAUGGCCAUGCCUGUCGCCAUCGCUUUUCUUAUUCUCAUGACAAACGAACGACACAUUGGGCUACGGCACUCUUUAUCGGAAACACAGCGCAUCUUCACAACCUCAUGGUGGACAGGAGAGCCCGACUCAUUCCCCAACCGAGAACGCCGGCGCCGCGAUUUCCCAGACGAUCUUUGGGAGCAGGAUGUCUUGAGGGUCUUGCCUCCUUCAGGGCCAACCAGGGUGACACUGCGACGGCGAUGGCUGCCAGCAAGCUUUGUGAGGUUUCUGUGGUUCUGCGUGGCGCUCUUCAUCGGGCUGAUGGCCUAUGUUCUGGGAGAAGCGUAUGCUGAAAUUUAUCUCCGGACGUUGCCGCACAAUAACUUUGAAACUAUUAUAUACGUCUACGGCUGGGUGGUAACAGUGCAUUUGUUGGAUGCCCUGACAGGGUGGGUUUUGGGUAUCAAGGAAGGCGAGCGGGUAGGGAGCUAUCCUUUAAGUUGGGUCUUUAAGCUAUAUUUCAUGUUAACCUAUCAGACCUACGUCCGAGCUCUGUACGCCCGGCUUCGCUCGCCGUCGCAAUUCAUCAUUCUUCAAAUCUUCUCCUCCACGGGGCUGGUCAUCAUCUCGCCCAUUAUGAUGACCCGCCUCUUUCACAAGAUACUCACAAUUCUAGGCCUUAGUGGGCUGACCUACGAGACUUAUCAAAAACUGCAAACUCGAAACCUCUUCAUCCGCUUUCUGGCCGAAAAUACGUCCAUGGCCACCUUCCUGGGGAGCAUCUUGGUGCUCCAUUUUGGUGCGAAUAAAGAAGUGUAUCCAUAUUUUGCCUUUGACAAGGCCGAGGAUGAAACUCUUCAAUAUGACUUUAACCUCACGUUUUAUGCUUCCAUGGUUACGUGGGGUUGUGAGCUGGUGGCUAGUCUUGUCGUUCGAGGGCUGAUUGCUCUUUUCUUCAGCAUUGACGUUGGGUUGGAGGGUAAGUUGGAUCUUGCCGUCUGGCCAGAACUGCUGCCUACGAGCGUGGCUGUGAUUCUUCACGUUUUGCAGAAUAUGCUAUUCUCGAUUAUACGUUUACAGUUUCGGACAUGAGAACUUCUUCCAUUUGGCGGGUAGGAAGUUAAUUCGUGUGGGCGAGGAAGACCAAAUUGUUUGAAACGGAUUUGCUAAAGUUUAUUGUGUAUCAUUGACUUCAUUAAGCAUGCGAUUGAUAAACCGGAUAGAUUUGUGUUCAUUUUUUCUUCCUUUACAGCUACUUUGUCGCCUUUUCUCCUUUUCUCUCCUUUGCUGCUAACACAAUAGUAGCCUGAUACCCACUCAACGUUUAUAUAGCAUUCGUUCUCUUAUAUA